UAUGACGUAUGGGUGAAGAUGGCCGACAGAAAUACGUUUUUGUUAAUCAACGAUUGCAAUGCUGACAAAUUUAUCUAUCUAUGCCAGGCAACAAAAUUGAUGAAAAGUGAAGUUCCGUGCAGUGUUGUCAUAUUUUUUGUAAAUAAUACCUAUCUAACCUAGAAAAUCGUAGAAAAGUUACAUGCUUGUUUUUCACUUUGAAUUUUUAACAAUACAACAUGGACUUAUUUGUAGUUAAUAGUUCUACAUACCGUAACUUUUAGGGUCCAAACAGAACAGAAUGAAACUAAUGAAAAUGAAGAGCAAACGAAAUUAGAUAAGGUUUUAAAGAAAAUCGAGAGAAAUAAAAAAUUACGGAGUAAGCAAAAAGAAAAACAGAAUAAAAUAAAAAUUGCCAAACAAAAAACAAUAGAAUCUAGGCGAAUCAAACGAGAAAUAAAGGCUAAGAUUGUACCUGUGCCAGAAAAUGACAAUGAUAACUUUAUCGAUAAAUCUGUGGAGGGCUUUAUAGACGAAGAAACAGAAGAUCAACCAGCAUCAAAAAAGAUAAAGAUAGAUCCAAAUGAUUUAGGUUUCACAAUAUUAGGAGCAGAUAAUCUGGCAAAAAAAGCUAAGGUUAAAAGAGUACUGCCCAAAUGGCUAGCCAACCCUACAGCAAUUUCUGGAAGCCUACGAAAUCUUGAAACCAAAAUAUCAGAGCUGAAAGAACUUGAUAAAGGUUUAAGAAAACUUCUUAGGGCAAAUGGAAUAGAAUACUUAUUUCCUGUACAAGCUACAGUUAUCCCGCAACUGUUGAAAGAUAUAAAAAUAUCUGAUAUUUUGUUUCCUAGAGACAUAUGUGUGUCAGCACCAACAGGUAUUUUCUGCUAUAAAUUUGUAAUUUUUGAAUAGCAUUUGGUGAUUCUUAAGCAUAGUGAGAACAUUUGGUGUGUUGCUGCAAGGCUCUAGGAUACUACAGGCAGACUACGCUGGAUCUCCAGUUCAAUUUUAUUGUAAUUUAUUCAUUCAUUAAACUUUGAUACCUUAAAUAUGUUUUUUCUACAGAUGGUUUCUUUAUUAAUUAUCAUUUUAGGCAGCGGAAAAACUCUGGCAUUUGUAUUGCCUAUAAUUCAGUCACUGAAAAAGCACUGUGUCAAGAAAAUCAGAGCUUUAGUCAUAUUGCCUACAAAAGACCUGGCACUACAAGUUUAUAAAACAUUCAAAGCUUAUGCACAAAACACUGAUAUUGAUGUGUGUUUAAUAACAGGGAACCACCCUUUUAAAGUUGAACAAUCUCAAUUAUUAUAUGACAAUAAUUUCUUUGGCUAUGUUAGCAAAGUGGACGUAUUGGUAUGUACAGCAGGGCGUUUAGUAGAUCAUUUAACAAUGACUGAAGGACUGGAUUUGAAACAUUUGGAGUACCUUGUCAUUGAUGAAGCUGACAGAGUUCUGGAGAAUGUGCAAAAUGACUGGCUGUACCAUUUGGAAAAACAUCUGAAUGAGGGUGAAGAAGAAGAUCUUCCGAAACUGGGAACAGUACUGAACCUGUCAAGCCUUCAGAGGCGCAGACCACCUCAAAAGCUUCUUUUCUCUGCAACACUCUCUCAAGAUCCUGAAAAAUUACAGAAAUUAUCGCUUUUCCAACCCAGACUGUUUACAACAGUGGUGGAAAACGCUGAGGCUGGAACUGCGACUAUGAAUGAUCAAGAAACUGGUACUUUUAUGGGCAAAUACACAACACCCAAUGAAUUGAAAGAGAAAUACAUUGUUACGACACUAGAAUUGAAGCCACUGUGCCUAUACAAAUACAUAGAAGAGCAUGACAUCAAUAGAUCACUUGUAUUUACCCAUUCAGCAGAGAGUGCUCAUAGAUUGGCGAUUUUGUUAAGGUCACUCUUUAAAGAUAGAAGGAAAGUUGAAGAUAUUUCGUCACAAUUACCAGGAAAAAGUAGACCUCAAUUAAUAGAGAAGUUUUCGAGAGGAGAGAUUGAUGUAUUAGUAUGUACUGACGCUCUAGCCAGAGGAAUAGACUUGCCAGGUGUAGAGUGUGUUGUGUCAUAUUCGGUGCCAAAGCAUUUGAAAACUUACAUUCAUAGAGCAGGAAGAACUGCUAGGGCCGGUGAAGAAGGUUUGGCGGUAACGAUGCUCACCAAAAAUCAGGUUGGAAAAUUCAAGAGUAUGUUGAACCAGGCUAAUAAGACUAAUGUUGAAGAGGUUACUAUACAAGAAGAGGAUCUGGAAGAUUUGGGAGAGCAGUACAAAGAUUCAUUGAAAGAAUUGAAGAAAGUGGUUGAGAAAGAAGAGCAAACGAAUUUGCAAAAAACUUUGUCAGCGAAGAAGAUUAGAAGAAAGAAACGAAAAAAGACUAAUACUAUUAUUUCUAGUUCUGUUAGCAACCAAUAAAUUUUACAAUCAAUA